AUGACCAGCGUCGUGGGAGGACCAAUGGCUGCUGGUGCAGCAGGUAUAGCUCAAUCAUCCUUAGGUAAUGAUCGUUCUAUGUUGCAUCAUCAUGGAGCUCAGUCAUCUCCGAUCUAUCAAGCCUUAACGAACCUUAUGGAACGAGUGGUGAAUGGAGUCAUUCAUUUGGAGUUUAAGGAACCGAUUCGAGAAUGGAAGAAUGUCGUACUCUUAGUGUUUCUUCAAAUAUAUAUCUUUAUAUGUGGAUGGAUGCUUCCAACCAUCACGUUGAGCCGAACCGUGGAUGGCGUUCUUAUGACGAGCACCACACAAGCAACCUCGGGUGAUGCCAUCUCCUUGAUCCAAACGUUUCAAUACAGCAACAGCUCUCUUCCGAUUUACUAUGGCUACGGAUAUUAUGGCUCAUGGCUGUUCAAUAUAUUAACCUUUCCAAUCACUCUCUCACUGGAUAGAAUUUCAUAUUACGGCAUGGUAGGCCUUUCCUUCGCAUGUAUUGCUUUCAUCAUGAUCCAUAUGACUGGGUUGUUGAUAGCGUAUCGAUCCAUAGUUCUCUCCACUCGAUAUUUACAGAAAAUUAAGAGCAUGGUUCAUUACUUGAGUGCAGUGUUGAUUGUAUUGAGUGCAGUGAUGACAUUUAUCAUGACCAGUUUCAUUGACUGCAAUUAUAAUAAGGGAACAUUAACGAGAUUUCCUGGUGAUAUUUCAUGUUUCUCUGGAGAAAAUAUUGCCUACAUUGUGGUGUGCUUUAUUGCGAUUGUGGCAUUGUGGAUUUGUCUGCUAUUCUCACAGCUUGUGCUCCCUAAUAAUCAUCCUAAAUCGAGAACGUUCUUUAUUGCACAGAAUUCAUAUUUCACUUCUUACUUUUGGUUGAGUGUGAGCUUUGAAAUGGUGACCAUAUUUAUCAUUCCUGUGACUGUACCCUUUGCAAGGGCCAUUGUACAUCUUGUGAUUGCUCUUAUUCAUUUACCAAUAUUCUUUAUUUGUAUUCCUUUCUUUAGGAGAGCGGAAAACUCUUGUUACUUUGCCUUCUUGUGUGGCAAGUUUGGAAUGGCGGUAGGCUCUCUUAUUUCAUCAUUGGUGAAUGUUCAAAAUUAUUGGGAUGUUGGAUUGGGUAUGAUGGGUCUCACAUUUGGAAUAUCCAUUGUAUUCGGUUGUUUGGGAUUUAUGGCCAUGGAAGCUUAUACCCGUAUUGUUUACAAGAAUACCAAAGAAAUUAUUGCAGAAUUGGAUCUGUCUGAUCAGAAAGAUGCAGAAAAAGAAGCUCUCAUGCAGUAUCAAUACUUUGAAGAUACAAAAAAGUUGAAACAGUUGGAAAUGUUUUUGAGGUUUAGUAUCUUCUUGCAGGCAGGAGAAGAACAUUGGUCAGAUGUUGACUUUGCCUUAAUGUUCAUCAAAUCGCUCAUUAACAACAAGUCGUUUUCAAGUGCGAGAAUUUUGAUCGUUUCUUCAAUUAUCGUGGCUUAUUGCUGGGAAAGAGAGGCAAAUAGUUCAACAUUAGCUUUGAGAAUAUUGAAAAGUGCACUGAAACAAAAUCUUUCUCUUCUAGACAGAGUGAGUGUUCUUGAACGUAUCAAACAAAUUGAAGAGUUUACAGAACGUGAAAGUUCUCAUAGUCUUCGUAAGAACAUCUCUGAAUUGAAGGCUAUUUUGCUAAAGUUGGACAAGUAUCAAAGUGAGCUAUGGGGUCAUCACAAAGGAUUUUGGAAGGAACUUAUGGCUGACAUUGUAGAUCUUGAAAAAUUAGAACAGAUAUCUACUAGGAUUGCCUCUGUUACCUUUGAAUGUCAUAGGACGUUUGAAAAUUUGAUGUCUUCAUAUGGUAAUGAAAAGACUCUUCUCAGAAAAUUUGCCAGCUUUGUAGAGAAUUUUAAAUUUGAUUCUGAACUCGCCCAGCAGCUGUACGUGGAAGCUGCAACGAUAGAAGAAGAAGAAUCAAGGACAAGAAAAAUAGAAAAGAACAAAAUGCCUCAUUCUCUAUCUACUAAUUCGAUCGAGUAUACUCAAUUGGGAAAGGAGAACCAUGCGAGAGACACUUUAUCAGACACACCUACAGACACAAUGGAUACAGAUCAAAAGAAAGAGAACUUGUUCAAGUCUGCUAUCAACAUCCAAGAACAGCAUAAGGUACAAAAAUUUGGUGUGGUUGCAUUCGUCGUAUAUUCUUUCUUAUUACUAGUGUCUUUCAUAGUUGUAAGCGCUGUUCUUUCGGUAUUGCCAUCCAGUGAGAUUUUUGCAGUACGAGAUAGUUGUCAGCCAAAGGGAACCACUUCGAGCAUUAUUAGUGAGGUGCGAACAGCUCAAGUGUUUUUGAAUUUUUUUGGACAAACCGGUGGGAACGUUUCUUCUCCAUUGUUAACCAGUGUUGGAAUUUUCAACAUAGAUUCAUAUUUGCAAUCAUUCAAGACACGUAUUAACUCAAGAUUCGAGCAUUUAGAACGUUUACGGGACUCCAGUGAAAGCAAAGCAACCUCAAAUGCAUAUGUAGACUCUAAUUACUUGUUGCAUGUUCCUUCUCUCAACCAAAGCAAAGGCAUUUCUGUCAAGUCCUCCCUGCCAAGAUAUACCAACACAAUUUCUCGUACUAGCUCUGUUUUCGACCUGACUCACCAACUACUCAAGAACAAACAAGUAUUAACAAGCUUUUCGAAAUCAGAUUUAGAAAAAACCCUUGAAAAUUUUAGUAUUAUGUAUUUGCUUAAGAAUAGAGAUAGUGCAGAAGAUAUGUUUUCAAACUUUUGUCAACAGGUUGCAGUUAAAGCUAUACAAGAUGCCAAAAGCUACAUUGAUGGAUUUUUAGGACUCUUUAUCUCGUCAGUGACAUUGUACUUUUCUCUUGGAGGAGCAUUCUUUAUUUACACGUUUUUGGAGCUUCAAAAGGGAAAGAAAUUGCUCAACAUGAUGGAACAUGACAUUCCAGACCAGACAGUUUCAAAAAUUUAUUCUCAAAUAUGUAAAAAGAACGAGGAAGAAAUUUCCAUGAAAAAUUCUGGCUCUCUCUUCCAACCAAAGAGAGUUGUUCUAAUUAUUGGAGUAUUGUUUCUUGUGAUGACAUCCAUUUGCCUUUCCUUAAUAUUUGUGUAUGCCAUUACCAACAAUAAUUUAUCAGUUUCGACAAUUGAGAAUUUACAAAGAGUAACCAAUAUUCAUUCCUUAAUAGAAAGAGCCAAGUACACAAUAGGAGAGUUAUUUAUUUUCAGAAAAACAAAUGGAACAUCUUUUGUGAAUGAUCCUGAUAUCUUGGAUGACAAUUUUGUUGCUAAUCUGUAUACUAAUGUUAAAACCUCUUUACAGGAUCUAUUGAAUGAAUGGAACUUGGCCAUGCUUGGUAUUAAUGCUAAUUCAUAUACAGAGAUUUUAGCGUUGGUUAGUGAAAGUACUUCCUGCAACAAUUCAACAGCAUCACCAACAUGUCAGGGGUUGAGCUCUCUUAUUUCUGAUUUUGUUGUUUCUGCACAAGAAUUGAGCGAAAAGUUGCAAUCUAAAAACUAUCAGUACAACUCUUUAGCACUAUUUGAUAGUUUUCUUUCAGUAUUCUUUCGAAGCAUCACACUAUUUAGUAAGAUUGAUGAAGUAGAAAAUCGGUUUAUAACACUUUCAUCAACACCCAAUGUUACAUUGUUAGUAAUUUUCUCAGUGAUAGGAGUACUUCAGUGUUUAGUUUUUUCGUACUUGCUUUACGAGAGUUUUAUAUCCACUUGGAGAAACAUUCAUCAAAUUCGACUAAUGCUGCACUAUGUACCAUGGGAAAUAUUAGAUUCCAACGACAAAUUCAAGAACUUUAUUUUAUAUCAUGAUUUGUCAGCCAAUAUGCAAAACGGUGUCUCAAAACGGUCGAGAUUCUUAUCUGCAAAAAAGUUUUCAAAAAAAAAGUCGAAAAAAGGAGAUGAGGAUCGAGUCAGAAGUAUGCUUCAUUCACAACCUGAUGGAGCCAUCUUGUGUAAUCAAGCGGGUGACAUUGAAAUAUUUAAUCCAGCUGCUCAGAAAAUAUUUUAUCAUAAACCUCAUGAAAUUGUGGGGUUAAGCGUUUUCACCUUGUUCGAGCCAACAGCCAACAGCAAGAUCAAACAAGUAAUGGAAAAUAUGAGCAAUGCAUUACUUGAAAAUAUUAACAAUAAGAAUGCGGAACCCUUACAAGGAGAGACCAUGGAUGUAGACUGCUUCCGAAAGAAUCAGUCUAAAUUUCCUGGAAGAAUUAGCUUCUUUUGUACUCUAUUUGGUAGAACACCUGUAGUCAUGUUUUUUGUAAAGGAUAUUACUGCUGAGAAGAAACAAAAUAUGUUACUUGUUGAGGAAAAAAAGAAAUCUGAAUCCUUACUACUCAACAUUCUUCCUGAAGCGGUUGCCAUGCGUUUAAAAACAGGUGAGAACCUGAUUGCCGAAAAGUUCAAUGAUGCAACCGCUUUCUUUUCAGAUAUGGUUGGCUUUACAAAAAUGUCUAGCAGAAUGGAAGCCAUUGAAAUUAUUCGAAUGCUUUCCAUUGUUGUGAAUGGAUUUGAUGAAUUGACAGAUAAAUAUAACUUGGAGAAGAUUAAGACAAUAGGAGACGCUUAUUUUUGUGUUGGAGGAUUACAUAAUAAUUCACAAAAGGAUCAUCCUGAGAGAGUUCUAAAAUUCGCGAUCGACGUGUUCUCUGUGUUGCAUCAUUACAACGCAGAAAUGAUCAGAGACGAGCAUGAAAAGAAUAUCAAAAAGUACGAUGAAAAUGGAGAAGAGAUUAGUGUUGAAAGCAGGCAAAUCAACAUUCGUGUAGGUAUACACACGGGACCAGCAGUGGCUGGAGUGAUUGGAAAGAAGAAAUUUGCAUAUGAUUUGUGGGGAGAUACCAUCAAUGUUGCCUCAAGGAUGGAAUCAUCGUCUAUUGAGGGGAGAAUUCAACUAUCAAAAUCAAGUUAUGAAAGAGUAUCUGGCCACGGCUAUCGUUUUGAGGAAAGACUAUUAGACAUUAAGGGUAAAGGAAUUUGUCAGACCUACCUCCUUAACGAAAGGUUACACAAACAAGCGAAAUUAGACAGUGAAGCAAUUAAGAAAUUGUUUGAAUAUGAGGAUGACACUUUGGAACAAAAACUAGAAGAUCCAUUUUCUGAAAUUGAUCUACACCGUGCUGAUAGUUACCGUUUCGGUAAAAUAAUCCUCGAUACUUCAUUCUUGAAUUGCUUUAAGGAAUUCCUUUCAGGACCUAAAUUAGAGAUAUUGAACUUUUAUCAACAUGUGUUAGAGUUCAAAUCGAAUGGUUCAACUCCUGUUCGGUAUUCCAUUGCUAAGCACUUAGUGGAUGAGUAUUUGGCAGAAAAUGCGUCAAAACGGUUGCAAUUCAAGUUUAUGAAGAAUGCCUUUGGUCCAUUUCAAUUGAAGUUUAAUGCCUGUAAUGAAGAUAACUGUGCUACCGAUCUAUUUGACAAUUUUGUCAAUUUAUCGAUACGAGCUUUGAAGCCUGAGUUUCCCAAGUUCCUUAAAUCUUCAAUUUUUUCCACGUUUAUUGAAAACUUGAAACUUACCGAUCCAAUUUUAUUGAAGAGUUUAUUGAAGGGUACAAAAGGAGAGGAAGGAUCACACCUAACAUCAGAGGAUGAUGAGUAUGAUUCCGAAGAAGAAAAAGAAUUUUUACUAUUCUGUGAGAAGUGUGGUACUGAAAUUAUUAAUUUAGAAAAUAAUCGUUUCAAUGAUUGGGAAUUCAAUUAUCGUCUCGAAAGCUUGAAUGACUACAAUCAAUGGCGAAUUCUCAACGAAUAUCCUGAAGGAAAGACAUGGCUCUCGCCAGAGGUUGCUCACAAUCACUUGACCAACUCUCGAAGACAUACCAUGAUCAAGUAUGUCUAUGAAGUGAAUUGUAGUUAUGAGAGUCUUUUCAAUUUAUGGAUCGAUUCAGAUUACUACCGAUGCAGAGACGAAAAUAUUGAAUCGUUUGAACUCAUUGACUUUGUUAAAGUUGGAAAGUAUGCUCAUUGCAUUGCUCAUGAAGUCUACAAGAUGAAAUUCCCUCAAACCGAUCGAGAAAUAGUGCAUGCUUAUUGUUGUCGUUUUGAUAGAGCCGAGAAACGCUAUUUAUGUGUCUCAAGAUCUAUUAAUCAUGCCAAGGUUCCAGAAUCUUCCAAGUAUGUGCGAGCUGAAAUCAAAACUGCUUUCAUGGUUCAAUAUUUAACAGACCAAACCUGUCGAUAUACUUAUACAGUUAUUUUUGACCCAAUGGGAUGGCUCAAUGCAGAGCAUCACUUUAACACCAUUAAGGACAAUGGUGACACGUAUCAUCAACAUCUUCUCUCGCUACUGCAUGAUCGUGAAACAAAGAAGAAUCAUGCAAGACCAACCUUGGGAGGAUUAGUGGAUUCCCUGAAUCAUUAUUUGGAAUAUAUGGAAACGAAGCAUCAACGACCACCCCCACAAAAGCAAUAA